ACAGCUAUUCAUUCACCAUAAUAGCACACGUGCGAGUAUACAUACAUGUCCUGCAAAUUUAUUUUGUUCGUGAAAAGUUUUGAACUUAUACUAUAGUGUUAACUACAUUGAAUCCAAUAUGAACGAUAAAAAGAUUAGCAAGCUAGUUGCUGAUUCAGCAGCUUUCAUCAGAAAUGCGCAAAUGCAGGAUAUCGCUGAAGUUGUGUACACAGUAAGAGAUGUAGUUGAUGAAAUCAGGGAUGCAGCCACAAAACAGAGACUUAGAGUGUUACCUUAUGAAAUUAAAAUGAUGGAACCAUCCCCUGAUGCUAUUGUUCGAGUGACUGAGUUUUCCAAGAAGACUGGUGAUUAUGCGACUCUGUCAGCCACUGAUAUCAAAGUUAUGGCUUUGACAUAUCAGCUUGAAGUGGAAUCUAAUGGCAAAGAGCAUCUGAAAACUGAACCUACUAUCAAGAAAACUAUAGUUAUUGGUCCUAGACCACCUGGCCCUGAAAAAGUUGAAACAUUGGCUGGCUUUUACAUGCCCAAAGGCGGUGUGAAGCCAGAUGAUGAGAUUGAAAAAGUGACUGAGCAGUUGUCAGAAGUUGUAUUAGUACAAGAUGAAUCCAAAAAAGAAGAGGUCCAUUCAGAAAAUGAAAACACAAAUGAAGAGAAAAAUGGUGAUUCUGGUAAAGGUGAAGAUGAAGAUGAGGAAGGAUAUGACACUGAAGAAGAAUGUGAUGAAGAAGAAGAAGAGGAAGAUGAGUCUGAAGAAGAAGAUGAUGAUGAUGAUGGUGGUUGGAUUACUCCUGGAAAUAUCCAGCAGGUCAAGCAUAGCAUGGCUGGAAACACUGAAACUGUCCAACUUGAUGUUGCAUGCUUGACAACUGAUUUUGCCAUGCAGAAUGUCUUGAUGCAAAUGGGUCUUCAUGUAGUCUCCCUUGAGGGUCGACUGAUUCACGAAGCGCGAACUUACAUAUUGCGUUGCUAUGCUUGUUUCCGAACGACCAGCAAUGUAACCAAAGUCUUCUGUCCGAAAUGUGGAAAUCAAACAUUGAAAAAAGUAGCCGUUAGUUUGAACGAAGACGGCACACUGCAAAUUCAUAUCUCUAGCAGAAAAAAGUUGACAGCUCGUGGGAAGAAGUUUUCUUUACCAACACCAAAGGGAGGCAAAUACGCUUGCAAUCCAAUUCUCGUAGAAGACCAAAGAGAAGCUCAGCAACGCGCUACUCGUCUAGGUCGUACUAAAACGAAUGCCCUAGAUCCCGACUAUGUUGCAGGAAAUUCACCUUUUGCUGUCAACGAUGUCUAUUCUCGCGCAGCGCAACUUGGACGAACAGGUCGUGCAACUAGCAACUUUAAUCGCCGGAACCCUGCUGAAUAUCGUAAAAACAAAAAACGUUGAUUGUAUCCUUAGGUCUGUGUUACGAAAAUAUACUAUGCCAAGCGGCUGUGUUUAAAAAUUAAA